AUGUCAAAGGGCAAGCAGUUUGUGACGUUUACCGUACCUCUAGUCAUAGCGUACCUACUGGCCCUCUCCCACUUCCUCCCGGUCCCAUUCCUUUCGGUUGGGGAAGUCGAUGAUAUCUUACCUGUCCUACCAUUUUGGCUUCUCGUCACAUUCGGUUCAUAUUCCCUCUCAUCUCUCGGUCUCGGAUUAGUUCGAUUUCAUGACUGUCCAGAAGCAUACGAAAGUUUACUCAUGGAGAUAACCCAAGCCAAGAACGAGUUACGGGAUCAGGGUGUUGAUGUGGACUAA